AUGCUCUUAAUUCAGGGAAGAUUCGAGACGAGAGCUCUCUCUCCCAAUACUACGUAUGAGGUGGCAUUCGUGGUCAAACUCAACCGAACUGACUCUGAAGGGGAUUCUUUGGUGACACUCGAGCUAAACUUGCCGGAUGGGACCGGAUGGGGUAACUUAGAGAAUCUGGGGCAGCAGCGGGAGGAAUGGAUAAAUCUCCGUGCCAGCCAUUUCGUGAUGGGCCCAGAGACCGUGGGGACGAUUUCUUUCGCCCUCUAUGGGACGCUCGAUCCUCAAAAGACGGGCCUCAUCCUCAAGGGCGUUCUUAUUCAUCCCAAGGAUUAA